GUUUCGCUCUAGUUUGUUUCGUGUGUCGUGUAUCGUGUCGUGAGUUCCAAGAACCUAAAAUGGCCUUCAAGUACGUGAUCCUGGCCGCUCUGGUCGCCUGUGCCAGCGCCGGAGGUCCAGCUGCCUACUCGAUUGCUGCCCCCAGCAUCGACUAUCACUCGGUUGGAUCCAGCCAGGAGCACACCGUCAAGGGACUGUACGGCCAGAACGUUCUGUCCCAGUACUCGAAGGCCGUCGAUUCGGCCCACUCCUCGGUCCGCGUUCACUCUUCCCGACUGAGCAACGACGGUCUGGCUUAUGCCCCACACUACGGAGUCGCCGCCGCUGCCUACCCAGCUGCUCACUACGCCGCCCCAGCUGUCCGUUAUGCCGCCCCAGCCAUUGCCCACGCUCCAGUUGCCGCCCACUACGCCGCCCCAGCUGUUCACUACGCCGCUCCAGCCCUGGCUGCCCCAGUUGUUAAGGCCGCUUAUCCAGCCUACGGUGCCGCCAUCGCUGCUCCAGUCGUGAAGACUGCCUACCCAGCUUACGGAGCCGCCAUUGCCGCCCCAGCUUACGGACAUGCCUACGGACACGCUUACGGACACGCCGCCGUUGCUGCCCCUCUGGUCCGCCCAGCUUAUGCUGCCCCUCUGGCUUAUAAGGCUCCAAUUGCUGCCGCCCACUACGCCGCCCCAAUUGCCGCCCACCCAGCUGGUGCCGUCGUGUCCUUCGCCGGACUCGGAGCCCAGUACGCCUGGUAAAUUCGGAACUCAACGAUACAACAAAAACGAUACAAACAAACCAACGACAACUGACCAACGAUAAUAAGUAGCUGUAUAGUUGUACAAAACAAUAGCAAUACUAGUUUUAAGUAGAACACGUUGAAGAAAAACUAGUUCAAUUUUACACUCGAAACCUCUCCUCUCGAAGGAGAAUUCUUCUCCUUCAAAUUCGAUAGGCGGCUAUCGAAGAAUGGUUUUGUGAACCACACAGUCAAGGAUAAAGCACACUAAUGAACCGGAACCGGAAACCGGUCUGCUCGUGAUUGUACAUAGUUUUGUAGCUUUUAACUCAUUUUCUCCUAGUUGAUAAAAAAACCGCAAGAACUGAGAUUUUUUCAACAAUCAUCCCCUCUGUGAGAUACUCUAUCUGUUUUUUAUAAACACACUUUACCCUUUGUAAAUAUUUAUUCUUUUCCCCAAUUCACACCACACCAUCUUGAACAAAAAACCACAACAAUGACGAACGAAUUGAGAAAAUUCCACCUGACUUCUUUGAAUGCGAAAGUGGAGUUAUACCACAGACUUUGAAAUAGGAUGAACAGGAAAAAUGAAACUAAAGAAAACCCCACAGAAAACAAACAAACCCAA